CGCCUUGUCACUGCUAGCAUAAUGGACAGGUUUUUGACGGGGCUCCCACACAAACGCAAAACAGGAGAUUAAGCAUCGCCGAAUAUGUUUCCAAACCAAAGAAUAGAAAAUAUGAUGAAGCAUAUCUUCCCUUUGGCUUCACCUGCACAAGUGCCAAGGAGAACAGGACAGGGCUGUAGAAGGUCCAUAAGCGAUCACCAGGAUCGGCAUCUGCUCCAUUUGUGUAACGAGGAACAGGAUGAGCAUCGCCAGAAUGACCUCCUACAGCCUGCUGGUGAAAUGCUGCCUGCAGCCGUGGAGGGGGGAACGGAUUUAUCUUCACUCCUGCUUGUUUUAUUACAUCAGAGGCAUUUCUCAGCAGACUGAUGAAAGGCAAAGCAGCAGAGGCAGACGGCAACAUUUAUCGCCUUCCAGCCUCAGUUCCGCCAGACAGCGGUGAACAGUUGUCUCUGUUAAUGAAACAUCCAGAUCAACCUGAAAACUCAAAGGUUUUGAAAGUGGCUAUAAUAGGUGCCCCAAAUGCUGGGAAAUCCACAUUGUCCAAUCAGCUCCUUGGCAGAAAGGUGUUUGCUGUGUCCAAGAAAGUACACACUACACGGUCACGUGCACUGGGCGUCCUAACAGACGAAGACACACAGAUAAUCUUGCUUGAUACUCCUGGUCUUACUACUCCGUCAAAGGUCAAAAGACACCAGCUGGAGAAGUCUUUGCUUGUGGAUCCCUGGAACACGGUCAAAGAAGCUGACCUAAUGGUAGUCAUGGUGGAUGUGGCAGACAAAUGGAUGUGCAGCAGGCUCGACUUUGAGGUGCUGAAAUGCCUGGCCCAGCACCCGGAUAUUCCAGCAGUCCUAGUCCUGAAUAAGGUGGACCUCGUGAAGGCUAAAGAUAGACUGCUGGAUAUCACGGCUCAGUUGACGUGUGGAGUGGUGAAUGGACGCAAAAUGCGGAUCAGGCCAGUGAUCAAGCCCCCGUGGGCAGAGAAAAGGUCAGAAAGGGCUUCAGAGGACGAGGAAAACGCAGAACCCGAGGAUGGGAGUGAGCCGACCUCUGCGCUGAGCAAAGAACAGCUGAAGACACUGAGAAACCAGCAGGGCUGGCCUCACUUCAAGGACGUGUUCAUGCUGUCGUCAGUGGACAGAGAGGACGUGGACACUCUGAAGAGCUACUUCAUGGUUGCUGCCAAGCCAGGAUCAUGGCAAUAUCACAGUGAAGUCCUGACUGACCAAAGUCCAGAGGACGUCUGCACUAACAUCAUCAGAGAGAAGCUUCUAGAGUAUCUGCCCCAGGAAGUGCCCUAUUCAAUGACACAGUCUGUUGAACUCUGGCAAGAUGGAGAAGAUGGAGAGCUGGAUAUUUCUGUGAAACUUUACACAAAGAAAGAAACCCACAUGAGGAUGGUGAUCGGCACAGCUGGACAGAUGGUAGCGCGGAUCGCACAAGAAGCGAGCGAGGACCUGAGCAGAGUAUACCUGAGGGAAGUCAGGUUGAAGCUCUCAGUCAAGCUGAAAAAGUGAAAAUGGAUGAAGGACUUGCAAUAGGAAGAGAAAAGGACAGACCUCUCAUCAUGAGUUUGAUAUGGAGCUGUGACUUAACAUAUAAAAUAUUCUCAGACCCAGAACUCCUUUGACCUGACACCUCUCUGAAGAAGAGGAAUUCUACUAUAAAUUGUGACUUUUGCAGCCUCCUUUCAUCCCAUGCAUUAUUAAAGCUUUUACAUAGAGAUGUUACAGAAUGCCGUUCAUAGAUUGAUGUUGAAGUGCAAAGAGCACCUUGGUUUUUCUGCAACAAAACAAAGUGUUGAUUAAAUGCAGCUUCCACAAGCCACAGAGCCCCCACCCCAACCUGAAUUAGUUUUUUUUAUUUAUUUUUUUUAUUAAGCAGUGAUAUAUUUUCAGUAACAAACAUGACAUAGACUCCCAUCAAAUGAGUGUUUUGACAGAAGUUUGACAGUGUGCUCAUGGCUGAGCAGGUUUGGCGAGCUGUGAAAAAGCCGAUGGUUUAUCUUUGGCUCUCAGAGCUUUUUACUUGGCGGGCGCCUCGUGCAAACACGGGCUGUAGAUAAACUGAAGCAGGACCUGCGCAGUCAUGUUCACUCAAAUGUCCCUGAUGUACCAUCCAACCCUGUUCCCUCCACUCCCACAUCACUUUAGCCUCCUCCACUGCCUUUGAAGUGUGGCCAUCCAUCCCUGCAACUAUCACUUUUUUGUUCUGCUUCUUUCUUCCUUUUUCUCCCCCCCUCUCACCUCCCUUCUCUGCUUCCCACUUCUCCCUCCUUCUGCUUUUUUGGCUCUUAUAAAGCCCAGCUUUGCCCCUGAGGGCUGAAUUGUCUCCCUAAUGGAUGGCAAAAUGGAGCACUAACCUGAUGCUAAAAUGGGUCAGAUAAUGGUGAUUAGAUUCAUUCCUGCUGCCUGUGAGUUAACUUGACGGUUACUCUAUCCGGGGCAUCUUGAUGAAUAACCAGCUAGUGGCCUUAAGCAGGGGAGGGAGGGAGAGGCCUUGAAUGUCUCUCAGAAGCUGUGUCAGCCCCUCAAGCUCCCCCUGCUCUCUACAACGGCUGCUUCCCAGUGAUUAGACAAGCCCGUUGCACAGCAGAGAUCGCCACUUUGACAAGCCGACAGCAGUUGGGAAAUAUUUAAACUGAUGCACGUCGGCCAGGGAAGGAAAGCAAUCCCUCAAACACAGUCAGUUUAAAGUGCUGAUAUGCUGCACCAAGAUGAACAAAAAACAGUGAGAAGCUUAUUUAAGAACCAUCUGCUUUAUUUCAUAUGCACCUAUUUAAAAAAAAGAAAAAGGAAAUACCCACCAGGAGCUCGUGAGUGACACCUCCCGGUCUAGAUGACAUCGAGAGAAGGCUGUAGAACCCUUACCAUUACUAAAACUCAGUAAUGGUAACGGUUUGACAGCCUCCCUCAGUGUUCAGGCUUCGGUCAGUUAAAGUGUUGGUGUGCUGAUAGCAGCGGAGGGGGAAUGAAACCCUGGAUAGUACAUCAUCUAUACUGUAGUGUCUCUUUUAUAAACUUACAGUAUAAGAUGAUAUCCUGUCCAGGGCACAAGACAGAACCGUGAGCAGGGAGUCCCCGUAGUUUGUAAUCUGCAAGAACAAGGAGGAUAACUGUUAGAGUAGAACAACCAAUUAAAAUGUUUGUAAUAUGAAAUCUGUUUUGUAUUUAAAUGAAAAGAAAGGGAUCUUGUCGCAGAACCUCCAGGCCUCAGUUACCACAUCUCUGUCACAUACUCGCCUCUUUGCCUUCAGUGUGUGUCAUCGUCUGGUCUCCUUACUGGUCCCUCUGUUGGGUUCCAGCACUUAAAGGCCCCACUCUGGCUCAUUAACAUACUGCGAUGACAUCUGGGGUGGACCAGACUGUACUUUUUUUUUUUUUGCUUAUCUCUUUCCAACCUGAUUGCCUCUGUCAAGUGAUGGCCCACACCCUUUCUACACCCAGCUGGACUCAAAACACACACAAAUACUAUUUUUCUUUUAAAAACAUACAGUAGGGGAAUAAUGUACGCGACAUAUAUUCAAGUGUUUGUUGAAGGAAAAAACAGAUUAUCGUCUACAACAGCUUUUAUGGCUAAUUUUCUGCCAGAUCUUCCACAUAUUUCAAAAAAUAUUCCUUGAAUAUUUUUGAUUUGUUAUUCAGAAUAUAUGUUAUUCUUUGAUUUGCCAUUCAUUGGUUUGUCCAAUGGGAUUAGGGAUUUUAUUGUCCCCAAAUAAUGCAUUUAGGUUUUUGGUGUUUAAAGCAGUGGGUUCAUUUUUCUUCACAGUUACACAUACAAAGGGCUGGAUAAGCCACGCACAAAGGUUUGGGUCCAGGGGAAUUUCUUUUAAAAUAAUUUUCACAUUUUCACAUGUUGCUCUGACCUCUUGCCAAAAUGUCCUGCACUGCAAAAGCAGUAGUCUCAUUUAGUGCACAUAUCAUUUGGCAGGAGCAUAUGUUCACUUUACCCAGGUAUAGCGUGUCAGUCUGCGGUAUGAACUCUGACACAAGUAGGCGUCCAAUCUUCUGCUGACAUUUCAGUUUCAAAAUGUUCUAGUGAGCAGAUUCUAAAACACAACGCCUGUGAUUCUUAAGCAGUCUGUUUUCAUCUUUAUUUCACUGGGUGAUUAUGGUCGGCUAAAAAGAUGAAUAUCAUUAACAGUCACAUGACAAAAAAAGUGCACCCUCUUUCAGUUCUAGGAUUUUACAUCUGGUCCUUACCAGGUCUGAAAAUUUGGUAAAUACAAUCUCAGUUGAACAGCAACUCAUGGCAUUACACCAUGGCACUAUUUGUUUAUUAAAAACUAACCCAAAAUAUAGAAGAAGUGGGGAUUUGUUUAUGUACAGCUCUGUUUAGGUCCCACACCACCAUUCAGUCAGGCUGAAGCCUGGACUUUGCAGCACUUUGAUUCUGUUAUUUUCAGCCUUUCUAUUGUAAAUUUGCUGCUGUGCCACCUGCCUAAGCAAUCAGAUAGAUGGCCCCACAUUUGCCUCUAGAAUACUUUGGUAUACAGAGGAGUUUGUGGUGUUUUAAUGGUUCAGUGACUGCAUGGUGCCCAGGUGCAAAACAAGCCCAAAUCAUCACCCCUCCACCACCAUGCUUGACGGCUGGUAUGAAGUGUUUGUGCUGAUAUGCUUGUUGUGCUUGGUUUUCUUCAAAUGUGGUGCUGUGCAUUAUGGUUAAACAUCUGUACUUUGGUCUCAUCUGUCCAAAGGACUUUGUUCAGGUGCAACUUAGCAAACCGAAGCCGUGCUGCCAUGUUCUUUUAAGAAAGAAGAGGCUUUCUCCUGGCAAGCCCUGCAAACAGAGUUGGUACAUGGUACUUUACAUUGUCUGACCUUGCUGGGACGUCCACACCUGUGAAAACUGCCUUUAAUUUUUUUUCCACUUAUGAAUAAUCUUUCUCACUGUAGAAUGAUGGACUUCAAAUUCUUUGGAAAGGUUAAAAAAAGAUUGAUGAGCAGCAACAAUUGCUUCUGUCGUGUUUUGUAAUUCAGCCGAGGUUGAAUCUGAGUCAUUUUCAGAUCUGCUAAAGACCGCACCAUUUGUUUUAUUACGUCCAGACGUAUAAAACUUUAUGAUGACUGUUUGAAAAACUGCUUUAAGAUCUUCUAACUUGGAUAUCCCAUGCUUUUGAUUCAGUUCUUUGAAGGACAUCAUAACAUCUUGACUCAUUUUAAGUACUUUGGAAAUGCUAAAGUUUAAAUUUAGCAGCGGUUUUUCCUGUGGUAAGAAAAUUGUUUACCCACUUUGAGACAAAGAGUCCUGGUUUUUAAAAUAUUUUCUGCCUUCACUGCAUUUGCGGCCUUUUCACUGUGUCUAAAUAUGUGGGGAGAGGUAGUUUUUGACCUUAAGAUUGCACAUGAAAUAUAAAAAAAUAAAGGUAUAAUAGACUUAAGCUGUGCAGCCCAGUCAUACAAUGAUGGGUCUAGACAUUUUUCACCCCCAGAAUCAAAAGACAAGUGUAAUUAUAUUCUUAUAUGAUGAACUGCAACAUUUAAAAAGUUAGGCUCCUUUUUCUUUCUCGCUAAGAAGUAUAAACUUUCAAUUAUAUACUUCAGCAAUUUAAGGACUUUUAGAAGAACUACAUGUUUCUCAUUUGCCCAAAUGUUCCUCCAUCUCACCAAUGUUAAUAGUUAGUUUUGACCUUUCUCUGUCACACAUGGCUAAUUGCAAGAAUUCAAGCAGUCAGCCAAUGCAAGGUAUCUCCUGUCAUUUAUUUUUUUAAAAAAGAAAAAAAGCUUGGAACUUUAUCUCGCCGCAUGGUAAUAAAUCGAAUGCUCGCCAUCUCUACAGUCCUCUGAAUCUCAUAUACUUUGGAUUUAUGUGCAAUGGUUUGGAAUUUAAUGCCACGAUAUGUCAGCUGAUGUCAUGUUAUCUGACUUAUUAAAUGGGCUCUAUUCCUCUUUCUCGCGCUUAGCUAGAUUGCGGGAUAUGGAGAGCUGAGAUGUAAUUUUUUAUUAGAUAUGCCACAUACACGCCGAACAUCAAAUUCACAGCGUCAAAUUAUGGCUGGACUGUGAUCGAGCGGGUUGCCUGCUGUGGUUUGUCUUUAAUCCCUGACAGUUUGUCUGCAUCCCUUCAAAACAGACUGUUUUUCAGGAGAAAAGUCUUCCUGGGGGGUUUAGCUGUCUCUUGCUCCUCGUGUAGAAACUCGUUGAAUUCCAAGUUCAAAAUUGGUGCAAAAGCUUGUUAAGCUGUAAAUGACUCUGGUGGGAGUCAUGUAGUGCAGGAUGUACGCAGGAAUACAUAAUGUACACCACAUCUUUUUUAGGUGUAGGGACUCCUCAAGCAGCACUGAUGAAAGCACUAGUUCCAAAACCAAGUUAUUCAUAUAGAAAAACACUAUUCACCCCCUAUUUUAAGGUCAGGUUCAUUUAUCAUAGCGCAAUGUGUACCCACAGAGGGAAUACCUAAUAUUUUGAACCAAAUCUAAUCAUUCAAUUCAGUAACUACGUGCAUGCUGUGUAUGAACCCUGGGACCACGUUAGGUGGAACGUGACAGUUGCCAUGGUAAAACACUCCCUAGUUAGGGUGUGGGAUCUGGCGGGGGGUGUGAGAGGUGAGAUAAAGAUGGAGGUAUUACUAUCUGGGGUUUGCUUUGCCUUGAGCUCUUUAUCUGCUGUAGAAAUGCUUCUACUCCUUCUACAACUUUCCAUUUGCAUGCAUAGAUAAGCUUUUUUAUUCUCCAGCACUCAUUAGCACAACAGGGAAGGAUGCCUUUAUUGUGUCACAAAUUUGGUUUUGAAUCUUUACAUGAUUGGAGGAAAUUUGCUGGAAGUUUUAUUAAAAUGUUAGCUCAA